CAUCAGUCUCCCAGAACCUUCUCGACCCUUCUCCCCCUCCCCCUCCCGCGCCUCCGCCGCUCGGGUGCGCGCGGGGGCCCGCGCCGCGAUGCUGCCGCAGCAGAAGCAGGCCGCGGCGCUGAUGCAGCAGCAGGCGGCCGCGCUGCAGUCGUCCAUGUACGGGAUGCCUCCGCCGCCGCUCCACCCGCUCCUCGCCGCCCCGCCGCCCCAGCAGAUAGAGCCAAUCCUUACUGGAAACCUGCCUCCUGGCUUUGAUACGAGUACAUGCCGCAGUGUAUAUGUUGGCAAUGUUCAUGUUCAAGUCACGGAGGCACUUCUCCGAGAGGUUUUUCAGAGUACCGGUUUAGUUGAAGGAUGCAAGCUUAUAAGAAAAGAGAAGUCAUCUUAUGGCUUUGUUGACUACUAUGACCGCAGAUCAGCUGCCUUAGCAAUUUUGACACUUAAUGGAAGGCAAAUCUUUGGACAACUUAUCAGAGUUAAUUGGGCAUAUGCUAGUGGGCAGAGGGAGGACACAACAGAUCAUUUCAGUAUUUUUGUUGGUGAUCUUAGCCCAGAGGUUACGGAUUCCGCAUUAUUUUCAUUCUUCUCAGGAUAUUCCAGUUGUUCAGAUGCACGAGUUAUGUGGGAUCAAAAAACUGGAAGAUCAAGAGGCUAUGGCUUUGUGUCAUUCAGAAAUCAACAGGAUGCACAAAGUGCCAUAAAUGACUUAAAUGGCCAAUGGCUUGGAAGUCGGCAGAUACGCUGCAACUGGGCAACAAAGGGUGCUAGCAGUGGCGAGCAAACUUCAGAUUCAAAAAAUGUAGCUGAUCUAACUAACAACUUGACAGAAGAUGGGAAGGAGAAAGCAAAUGAAGAUGCUCCAGAGAACAAUCCACAAUACCGAACUGUUUAUGUUGGAAACCUUGCUCACGAGGUUACUCAAGAUGUGCUGCAUCGUCUUUUCCACGCACUUGGAGCUGGGGUUAUCGAGGAGGUACGAAUCCAGCUUGGCAAAGGAUUUGGUUUUGUAAGAUACAGCGAUCACGCAGAAGCUGCUCUUGCAAUCCAGAUGGGCAACGGCCGUAUUCUGGGCGGUAAACCGAUCAAGUGUUCCUGGGGCAACAAGCCGACUCCCCCCGGCACCACAUCUGCACCCCUGCCCCCUCCCGCCGCUCCUAGCCUCACCGCCGCCGACAUCCUCGAGUACCAACGCACGCUCGCCUUGAGCAAGAUGGCCUCAACCCAGGCUCUGAUGCAGGCUCAGGCGCAGCAGCAGCAUCUGAAGCCAGCGAUGGGGAUGGGUCCAGGCGCGAGCCAGGCGAUGUAUGAUGGCAGCUUCCCCGGCGUUGGCAUUGGCGCUUCGCAGCAGCAUCAGCAGCAGCUCAUGUACUACUAAAUAAAUCCCAGCGACCUAUCGUCGUCGUGACUCGUGAUGAGUCGUUACCAUUCGUCCUCUUUUUUUACGGUAUGUUUUAGCCAACGUUCCUUUGGUCUCUAUAUAUGUAUGUAUAUUAUUUACUGGGACCAUUGUUGGAGGUAAUUUAGUAGUUUCGUACAUGGAUGGAGAAUAUAUAUGUUGUAGUAUAUGUGUGUGAGAAGGAUGUAAGCUGGACGGAGUAUAUUUAGUCUAAUGUUAUUCUUGCCAUCGGUGGUUUAUUUUGU